GCAUACCUUCUCUGGCUUUAGUUAUUCUUAUCCUCGGCUUGAGUUAGGUCCCUUUUGCUUCGAGAUGCCUGGCUCUACAUUCAUCUCUACCAUUGGCUUCCUUGCUCUAGCAGUAACAGGGGCUAUGGCUCAAACGACAGAGUACAUGGAUCCCAGCACGGGUAUCACAUUCCAGAGGAUCCUAAAGAGCAACUACACCUUUGGUAUUGCCCUUCCCAAAACGUUCGGCUCAGACUUUAUCGGCCAAAUCACCAGCAGCACGUCCGAAGGAUGGGCCAGUGUAUCGUUUGGAGGCCGGAUGAUCAACAGUCUUCUACUCGUCGUCUACCCAGACGGCGAGAAGGUUACCGCUUCGCUUCGGGUGGCUCCCGAAUAUGCGUCGCCGCUGCUGUUCAAAGGCGGCGCAAUCCUAAAGCCAAUUCCCGAGGGCACCUCCGCGGACGUCACCGGCUUCUCUUAUACGUUUCUUUGCCAGAAUUGUAUUGUUGAAGGCUUGACAUUUGAUGGCUUACACCCUGUCGCUUCUCUUGCCUGGGCUACAUCUACUAAUCCCGUUACCCACCCUUCUAACCCUUCCUCUCUGCUGAACUACCAUGAUUUCUACGGUCGGUUUAACGCUGAUAUUCAGGCUGCGAGCUCGGUGAAGUUCGCAGAGUGGGCGGCAUUGGCGUCUGACGUUCCUGAUUUUCCGCCUGCUCCACCCGGAAGCGGCAAUGGCACCAUCCCAAACGCCCCUGUUCGCAAGGAGACUUACGACUAUAUAGUUGCGGGCGCGGGCGCGGCCGGAAUUGUGGCUGCAGAGCGCAUCGCCGAGUCAGGUGCUUCCGUUCUCCUCCUUGAGCGUGGGGGGCCGUCCAUUUACUCAACCGGUGGCGAAGUCACCAUGCCGUGGAACGACACGGUAACAAUAUUUGACGUCCCUGCAAUUUUCCGGCACAUCCCAUCGACUCCAGGAACUAACGCCUUCUGCGCUGACACGGCUGCACAAGCUGCCUGCGUUCUCGGAGGUGGUACUGCUGUGAACGGUAUGAUCUUCAUCAGGCCCCCCCAAAGGGACUUCGAUGACUUUCCCCAGGGCUGGCAUUGGGAUGAUGUCGCCGAUGCUGCUGAACGAUUGUACGAACGGAACACACAUACCUUGUACCCCUCGGCUGACGGAGAAUAUUAUGAUGGAACCAUCUUUGAUAUCGCCUCAAAAUCUUUUGAAUCCAACGGGUGGACGAGUGUGGAUGGUAUUGAGCAGCCCGACGCGAAGCAUAUGAUUUUCUCACGUGGUCCGUGUGGGAUUGUCAACGGCCUGCGAGGCGGACCUCUCCGAACAUACUUGCCCCUUGCGCAGUCUCUCAAGAACUUCAAGUUGGAACUACAUACCAAGGUUAUCCGAGCUGUGCGAACCAACUCAACUGUCACCGGAGUGGAAGUAGAGGUCAGCGGCGGAAGAGAGACCGUCAACAUUAAUCCUGGCGGUAAGGUAAUUCUAGCUUCUGGAGCCAUGUCAACCCCUAGAAUCCUCUUCAACUCCGGAAUCGGUCCUACCGAGCAGAUCGAAAUCGUCGCCUCUGGUAACACCUUAGUUAGGCUCCCCGAAAGGUCAGCCUGGAUCGACCUGCCAGUAGGAAAAAGAAUCCAAGACCACCCGCUGUGGCUCACGACAUGGAACAUCACUGGCGACGCGGCCCAAUUGCCCAUAGUCUCGGAGGAAGUUCUUAAGAACCCACCCGAAGAGAUGGUCGAGGAUUUUUCGCACGCAAUCGGCGUCUUCGUUGAGAACGACAUACGUAUGGAGGUGUUCACAGACAUCACACCGUCGCUGGACAACGUCACGCGCUACAUGCAAGUACAAUUCUACGGUAAGACCACGGGCCAGUUCAACAUGGAAAUCUUCCUGACGCACGGCUCGACGUCGCGUGGCGAGCUGGGAAUCACCGCCGAGGGAGCAACCUACCAUAUCAAGAACCCGCUGAUGAACACGGAAGGCGACAGAGAGGCCAUCAGUACCUUCGUUGAAAUGCUACUGGAAUAUUCCCGACGGCCAGACGCCGCCUUCGUCUGGCCUGGUCCCGGUGGCGCGAAUGCGACAGCUCGCGAUGUCUUGACGGGUAUGCACUCGGGAAUCCACGUUGUAGCAACGGCACCAAUUGGGACGGACGACGGCCGCGAAGGAGGGAAUGCUGUAGUCGACCUCGAUACCAGGGUUUAUGGCACCGAUAAUCUCUUCGUUGUAGAUGCAUCCAUCAACCCAAGCGUGCCAACUGGUAAUACGAUGGCUAUCACUAUGCUAGUGGCAGAGAAAGCGGCGGAGAAGAUUCUGGCUUUCGACACAAUGAAUGCUGCGUUAUAA